AUGGCAGAUCUCACUGUCAAGGUUGGACAACGAGUCGAGACUCAGGACGGCAAGCAAGGCACCGUCCGCUACAUAGGGCCCAUACAUGUUGCCUCCGGAGAAUGGCUGGGUCUCGAACUAGCCGAUGACACAGGCAAGAACGAUGGUUCCGUUAAAGGAGAGCGAUACUUCAACUGCGCACCCGGCCAUGGCAUCUUCGUCCGCAAGGAGUCGGCUGUUAGAAUCCUCAGUCAGCCAGCUUCCAGUGCAAAGCCCAACGGAACAUCAACUUCCAAUGGAUCUACAGCGAAGUCGAGACCCUCCAGCAUUGUUGCUGCGGACGUUGCAAGAAAGAGGCAGAGUCUGAUGAGUGCCGGUUCCAGCACGACUACAGGCUCAAGGUCCAUGAAGGUAUCUUCUCCGAUUAAAUCUCCUACGAAGCCUGCCCCCUCUUCCGCCAGUUCAUCCACCUCCACUCCACGAACAGGUACUCCGGCGACUACCGCACGAACCUCUGAUUCGAGUACAAAAUCGAGACUCAGUUUGGCUGGGAAAUCUACCAUGGCCCCACCCGCUUCAGUACACAGGCCCGGCGCCUCGACGACUAGGCAAUCAAUAGGAGGUGGUCCUGUCAAACCUCCGGCACCCAGGCCUUCUUCAAUGCAACCACGCCCUUCCAUGGCCGCUUCUAGGUUGUCCAUGACGCCCAAAGCCCCAAUUCGGGCUGAGAAGAGCGAGCCUGUUUUUGAUAGCAUUGACGCGAAACAAGCUACUCCAAUCGUGGAAGAACGGCCAGCUCCGACGCCUUCUCCAGUGACAGAAGAAGCUGAGGCUCAGGAGCCAUCGGAUAUCGAAGCAAGAGUUUCCUCAGCAGCCCCCUCCCGUUCACAGCCUCUAGCAGGUCCACGGAAUGGGUUUAGCUCUGCCGCCGACGACAGAUCCCGACAGGCACAGGUCAUCAAAGCAUUGGAGACGAAGGUUCGAACACUGCAGAAGCAGAGGCAAGAUGAUCAAGCUCAAAUACACAACGUGCAGGAACUUCAAAGCCAAGCGACACGCUACGAAGCAAUUAUCCAAACCUUGCAAAAAAAGCUCAAAACCAACCAGCAAGAGAUUCAAGAACUCAAAGCCAAGUAUGAGGACGCAGAGUCUCGUGCUACUCAAGUACCUGACCGUAGUGCCGAACACGAUUCGGAACUAGAACUUGCGACACUUGAUAAAGAGAUGGCCGAAGAGCGUGCUGACAUGUUUGAGAGCGAAUUAGAGGCACUGAAGCUCAAGCAUGAGGAGUUGGAGCUGGAGGCCGAAAUUCUGAGAGAAGAGAACCGGGAAUUAGCGUCGAUCAUGAGUCCUGAAGAGAAGGCUAGCGCAGGCUGGCUUCAGAUGGAACGUGAGACGGAGAGGUUGCGUCAAGCACUGGUCAUGCUAAGGGAUGUGACACAGCAGAAUGAGGGUGACUUGAAGAACGAGAUCAAGGAACUCCAUGAAACAAUUGAUGAGCUCGAGCAGACAUCUUCGAAAUAUGAAGAGGUUGCAGCGAAGCUCACUAGGUCGGAGGAGACCAAUCAGCACCUCCGAGAACAAUUAGAGGCUGCGGAGGCGAACGACGAAAUCUUAGAUACCCUGGGCCAAGAGCGUGAUCAGAAUCGAACCAUGAUUGAGCAGUUGAAGAGGCAGGUUCAGGAUCUGGAAGAACACAUCCAAGUGGCAGACGAGCUCGAGGCAUUCCAUGUCGAAGAGGAGAAGCGAUUACAUUACCAGUUGGACGAAAAUGAAGCCAUGCUGCACGACAGACAUCGACAAGCUGCCGAGCAGGAAAAGACGAUCGAAGACCUGGAAUACACACUAACCAAAUUCCGGGAUGUCGUGCAGGGCCUGCAGGGUGAUAUUGACGAACUCCGACGGUCACGCGAGAUUAGCGAACUCGAGGCGAAUGAGAUGAGUAGCAAGUCCAGAGCGAUGAUGGAUCUCAACCUGAAGUUACAGAACUCGGCGGCCAAAACUCAACUCAAGGCCAUCGAUCUCGAGCUUGGGAAGAUGCGGGCUGAGCAGGCUAGUUUGCAUCUGGAAAUCGUGCAGCAAUUCGUUCCAGACACAUUUGAUGUCGACAAGAAACCCAUCCUGGCUCUUUUAUGUUUCAAGAGAAUUCGGUCAAAGGCGCAGCUGUGCAAAGUCAUACUGGCGGAGCGAAUGCGCGACAGGGCCGAGCUGCAUGAAAGUCCUAUGGCAGUCUUUGCUGUCAUGGAGAGGAUGAGUUUCAUUGCAAAUCUCUGUGAAAGAUUCGUGCAACACCUGUCAAGAUGUUCAACGGACGACUUCAUGAGAUAUGCUGGUGCACCGUUUGAGCUGGAACCUGUGGAGCAGGCUAUGACCAGCUGGGUGGAGGCUCUGCGUCGCGAUGAACUCGGUCAUGAAGGUGCCGAAUACCUCCAACGCAUGGCCGACAUUCUGGUCGACAUGUCUGAGAAGUUUCUUCCGGACAGUCGCGAAGCUAAGGCGACGGAGAUGAACUCAUCCAUCUCGAUGGUUGAGAACUACACAGAUAACAUUGCCAGUGAAACACAAAUCCUGAGCAAAGCAGUGCAAGCCAAGCUAGGAGCAUCGAAAGAUGACGACGAAGACUCGAUACUAUUCGAAAAGAAAAUGGAUCAGCUUGGUAUCAAGGCCCGAACCAUCAAAUAUGUCUCUGGCAAGGUGAUGCAUGCUCUGAACGAUCUCUGGGCACGCUCGAUGUGCCUGGGCGAUUCAAUGUGGAGUAAAUUCACUGAGGCUGAAUUGUGUGCUGAAGCUCUGUCUCAUCUGAUCCAAAGAGUCGGAGAGUCGGUGCUUGAGGAGCUUAACAAGGUGGAGAUGGAUGAAUCGCUUUCAUAUUCACGAAUUAUCACUCUAAUGACGGCGGCGGCAUCUGGCGAACAACAACAGAAUGAGGGACAGGGAGCUGCUCCAGACGAUGUCUUCGACAUUCUCUUGAAGCAGUUGCAGGCGCUGCAAGGAAAGAUUGACGACUUGAAUGCCAAGUCAGCCGACAUAACUUGUGCCAUCGAAUUCGAGAGAUCUCCGGCGCCCUGGACGGCUCGCGCCCGAGAAGUCAAGGCCCAAAAGGCUCUAUCACACGAUAUGCAGGAGGAGAUGAUUCGCUUGAAACUGAAAAUCCAAGAACAGACCAUCAGGAUCAGCGAGAAAGACAAAGAACUCGAGGAACAGCAAGUUAAGGUCGAAUUGCUAGAGUCGAGGGCAAAGGAGACCAAAGCUAAGGAUGAUGGUGUGAAAGAAAUGAAAGAAGAAAUCGCCAGGCUUCGCGCAGAGAAUACUUUGGCUGUUGAAAACCUCCAGCGGCUCGAGGCAGAAAACCAGACGCUCCUCGAGCUUCAAGAGAGUCAAAAGAUGGAACUCGAGACAAUCAAACAUAAAGGAAUGGCUGACGGACAAGGUCUACCACGCGGGCCCGCGGACGAGUCAGCGUCGCUACGCCUAAAGGCCGAGGUCGAUCAGCUCCAGCUGGAGAUCGUGAGUCUGCAGGCAGCGGUACGUUUCCUGAAGUCCGAGAAUCGCCAACUUAGGAUACCCGUCGGCGAUGCAGUGCAAAGAGCUGUCGAGCAUGAAUGGCUUGAUCCCAACCACCUCAAGCGAGCAUCAACCAGGGACGCCAAGACUCAGCAAUUGCGUACCGGGUCGAAGGAAGUGUUUACGAGUUUGAUGGACAUGGCAAAGACGGCAAAGCCUGUCAAACUCAAGCGCACGGCUGUCACUGAUCAAGAAGCGGUUGAGAAGAUAACGCACUGGCGAGCACAAACAGAGACUACUUUGUAUCAAGUGCUCCAGCGAAAAGAGGAGCUGGAGCGAUGGAACGCAAUGAAGGACGACUUGCUUAAGAGAGCGAGGAUCAUGGCUCGCUCCGGACAUGUCCCUCUGCUAAAAGCGCCGAUACAGAAAUACACCCCAUCCUCUCAAGUUGGCGCCUUCAAGGUCCCUGAUAUGGAAGAUGGAAACCUGGAAUUUGGGGUUCGGGUUGACGGAAUCUGUAUAGUAUGA